UCAAAAAGUGUACUUGUAAUGUUAUGUUCUGUAACAGUAUUACAAGAUGUAAUUUAAUUUGUAUGAAAAUCAGUUUGUAUUGUAAUAAUACUAAAAUAUAAUAACUUACCAUAAUAAGCAGUGGGCCUAACAGCACAUGUCCCAGGUAGUUGGCAAUGGGGAUUGUUCCAUAUGGAUGUUUUAGAGAUGGCACAAAUUUCACACUUCCAAAAUUUGGUUCAUUAAAAAAAUAUAGGGAAAUGGAAUAAAAUGUACAGUUUGCUUCUGGUCUAAUCACCUUUAGUAACCAAUUGCGGGAAGCAACCAAUAAGAAAGCAAACACCUUAAUAGUUGCUAUGGGUUACUGCUCUUACGUAUAGGGGAAAGUUUACUAAGAGGCUAUCACAUUUAAAAAAUUUGCAUUGCUUAGCAAUAUUGAUCAUUUUCAAAAGAUCUGAAGGAAAUCAGAGAGAUGGAACAUGUUACAUUUUUUCUGAGAGCAGCUCCAGUAUCUGACAGCAAGAGAAAAGAAGCUAGCUUUUUAAAAUUGAAACUGCGCAGACACAUUUUCCUAUGCUUUUCAUGCCUGUGAACCUCAACCAAAAAUAACCUCAUCCAAAAAUAAUCUCAUCCAAAAAAUCAAUUAAUGACUUUAAAUUUCUCUAAGGGCUAAUAUAGGUGGGUGAUUUCUGGUAACUGUUUGUAAUUGUGAAUAUUAGAAAGGAAUAUUACAUAUUGAUGGAACACAAUGCUUUGUUUACUACUCUGGCCUUCAAGGGUUAAGUGACUGAAUUAAUGGAAGAGUUAACAAUAUCUGAUAAUGGGAAAUAGAAGCAAAGGGGAAAGCAGGCUGUAAGCAGAUUAUUCCAUGUGUUACAAGGCAAGGUUUUAGGUUACAGUCUUGCACACUCUUGCUUUUUAUCUUAUCUUACAAAAAGCCCCAGAAAUAGAAAGUUUUUUUCUCCUAGAGCUGGUACAGAGAAAACAGACGGAUGGGAUUCUUGGCUGCAAAAUCUGUCUAUAAGCCAGAGAAGCCCAGAAGCUGUUUUACAACUCAUUUUCAUAUCAGGGGAGAAAAACCAUAAGCAAAUACUGAUCUUCCAAGUAUGUCCAUUAUUUUUUUAAUAGCAUUUGAUUUUUUUCUAAUAGUGGGCUUUGAUUUUCCUUUUCCUAGAAACAUACUUACUAUAAUUUAUUUUGUGUGUGCAUAUAUGGACCUCAUAAUUUGUCCAAAGUCGCUUUUGCUUGGAAGUAAUAAUGAUGUAGGGAAGUAUUAUUGGCUCUCACAUGGCUUCCUCUGGGAUCUAACCGGAAUACGGAAUGGCGCAGAGACGGACGGAGACAACAGCUGCAUGUUUUGGUGUAGUCACAAAAAAAAUCCGCAACCUUUUCCGACACUUUCCAAAGUCUAAGUCUUGGUCUGAAGGUCUGCACCCUUCAUCCAACCAGGAGCGACUGAUUGUAAGAGAUUACACAUUCUCACAUCAAUGGGCAUUGGACAGAAGUGAUUUAACAGAGCAACAUCCAGAGAGAGCAGCCCAUGAACACAAACCAGGUCAUCACCCAAAAGAGGAUGCACCAAAGGAAGAAACAAAACCCACUGUUCAAGAUCUAAAACAGAAAAUAGAGACCUUCAACACAAUGGUUCAGAAUGGCUUGAUUAUGAAACUGGCAGAUGAUGGGUCAUUCACAGGAUUCAUUAAAGUGCAUCUGAAGCUCCGACGUGCCAACAAACCAAAUAUACAAACUCCCCCCGAGACUUUAAAAGAGUUGACCCAAAACAAGCCAGCAAAUAAUCAGACACCUUUUUAUGUACCAUUGGAUGCUGUGAAACAACUGCACAUCAGUAGUGUGACAACAACCAGCGAGGUUAUUAGGGGGCUGCUGUUAAAAUUCCAGGUGGUGGAUGAUCCCCAGAAAUUUGCACUCUUCAAACACAUGCACAGAGAUGGGCAAGUUUUAAUUCAGAAACUGGCACUUACAGAGCAUCCAUUAUACCUGCGCCUUUUGGCUGGACCAGAAACUGAUGCACUGAACUUUGUACUGAAGGAAAAUGAAACAGGAGAGGUGCAAUGGGAUGCCUUUACAGUUCCAGAGCUGCAAAAUUUCCUUUUGAUUCUUGCAAUUGAAGAACGUGACAAAGUACAGCAAGUGCACAAGAAAUAUGCUGCUUUCCGCCAGCACCUGCAGGACACCCUUACUGAAGCCAAGAGGAAAAAUUUAUAAAAACCAAAGGCCUUAGAAAAGCUCACAGGGGCAGGAUACUCAAAGCUGAUAUGUGAGGGAUUUUGCCCCUACCAUGAUUGUUGCAUUCUUUUGCCUCUACAAAAGUUCAAACACAGGUCUAAAAUCCAACCACUUGAUUAAAAUAAAGAGUAACCUGCACUUUUAGGUCCUGUUACAAGGAUACCUGCCUAUGGAACACACAUCCAGGCUCUAAUUGCUCUUUGACACAGCUUUUAUGAUGUAUUUUUCUGCCCUUGGAAGGAUGAGUUCAAAAUGAGGUCUCACCUUGCAAUACUGCAUUUACAAGAGGCUGCCUUGUCAGGAAAACAAGAUGCAAAGCCAUACAUAUACAUAUUUUCAUGGAUGAGCAAAGUAGUUCUGCCUUGGGGUUGUUUUCUCAUUGAAUAAGUGAUACUAUUUAUUUAUUUAUUACACAAGGUGAAGUCACUGUCUUGCACUGAAGAGAAACAGGUGCUGGAGAAAUAUUUGCUAUUAACUAAAGUGUACCGAAGCCAAGUGGUCUACUGGUGUCAAGCCAACUGUUGCUAGGACCAAAACAGAAUGUUCAAAUAAUAGUGAAUGUGGAACAAGGGGUACAAUUGGAAAUAUCUUUGGAGGUAGUAAUCACAGAAAUGCAAGAAUGUGGAUUCCAAAUGUUUGUGAAUACAUUGUCUAUAUAUUUUAAUUCUGCAUACUGUGUAUAGUUUAUAUUUUCAGCUUGUCUGCAUAUCAUUGGAUUUUUAAAUGAUAUCCAAACUGCAACCUGAUGUCUAGAAAUGUUUUAUCAUAGAUUUGUCUUUCCUUUGUGAAAGAAAUUUACUUCAGAGAAUAAUAAACAAGUUUAAAAUCUGCCA